AUGACCUUGCGUGUGGUCGUUUUUCUUCUUCUCUGGCGGGUUGCGGUCCCAUACAAUGAUGAUCCCAGCACUUUUUUGAAGGACAAGUGCGACCCAGGCAUGAUUUGCCACGAUCUGGAUGUGGACGGUUUUCAGGACUACGCGGUGGAGUUCGCAUGGUGAGAUUUUGGGUUAAAAAGUUAGCAGGGUCUACUUUAAAUUUGGAAAAAGUUCCUGAUUCUGGUCAGAAAAAACGUACUCUGCGAGCUGCGCGCAAGCGUGGGAAAUAAAGUUGGGAAAAAACGUUUUGAUCCGGCUUUUUAUGACUUACUAUGCUGUCUAUAUGCUUUUUAAGCUGCCUCCAAAGGUACAAGUUCCUUAUUCUGGCCACAACUUAUAACUUUGCGGAAAAUGGUCAGAAUUAGCCCAAAUUUAGCGUGCAGGCUCAAUUCAUCGUUGUCAAUGCCUGGACAGUGGAUUUAGUUCGUGAGGUACCUUCUUUUUUACGUACCCUCUUACCCCUCAAAAACGGCUGCAGGCUGCGAUUUUACACUUUAUACAUACGAUGAAACAUGUCCGGAACUAAACUUAUUGCCUGCUUAUAGAACUAAAUGAGCCGUCAUCGCCUUCGUAGGUACCCUUAAAACUAUAGAGCUGUUAUAGUAAUUCAGUGCCAGUUAGGCCGCAGCCUUUUUCCUAACUUUAGUUCCCAAGCAUGGGCGCAGUUCGCAGAAUACCUUUCUUGUGGCCAAAAUAAGGAACUUUUCCCGCAUCCAAAGACGUUUUUUUUGCUCCCAGAGUAAGAAGCUUUUCUAGUAAAAUUAUUUUUCUUGUGUUUAUAACAUUUUUUAGGGUGGAUGGUCCCUAUAUCAAUUAUGAAUUCCUCCAGUGUAAGUCCGAAAAGCAAAAUUGUCCCACUUUUCAGGGAAGAACCAAUUAGCGACCGAGAGGUUAACGAAAGGAGACGAUUGGGGCGUGAAAGGGAAAAGUCGUACCGUCUGUCGUCAUCCGAUCCCGGGCGCCGAUAACAAAAUUUUUGUGGAGUUUAUUUCCGAGCGCGUCGAAGUCAUCAAGUUUUACGAGGAGGGAAAGGAGCUGGCUGUAGACAACUAUAAAAACAAGGUGUUCCGCAUCAUGAGCGAUUUCAUAGGGGUAGGUGUCGUUUUUACUCAAAACAGGCAAUGUUUUCGAUUUUUUGCGUAGAAAAGCCAAUCUUCUUUGAAUGUUGUAAUGCACGUCAGAAUGAAAAUAGAAGAAAAAAGAAAUUUCGUGAGGGGCCGCAGCGAAAAGCAACAACCGAUUUUUUCCUUCUUUCUCUGACCGCUCUCUUCCUUUUUGUGCGUGCGCCCUCUUCCUCUCGCCACUCGGCGAAAAUAGCACUAGAAAGGAAGAGAGCCCGAUUUCUUUUCGAAAUCUAAACAGAGAAAAGCGGGGAAGUCGUUAUUUCGCGGAUCGCCACGGCUUUGACGAAACUAUAUUACCUUUGUGUUGUGACACGUAAUGUUUAUUUCCAGCGCAGACACAUCACCAUGGACAACCUAAAACAUUCGAUCAUCUACAACAGUUGGCUCUUUCUCAACUCCACCCAUGCCAUAGAUUUGGACAAAUACAUGCACUUCGACCCGGCGGAGAGCUUCAAACUGCGUUUAGACACGAACCGUUGGGGUCGGCUUAAUGAACCCUAUUGGAGGUAGGAGUGAAAGAAAUUUUGACUUUUGUUGAAAUGUUUUAGCUAUGGAAUGGAACACGUUCACGCGAUUCCGAAUGAGGACAUCCCCAUCGAAUUUGUGGACAUGAUCACGAGGAAUUGCUUCGUAAGUUUGGAAAAACAUGUAAAAAUCUUUUUGUCGAAUUUUCUCUAAAUUCGUAUGGCAAUUUCAGGGAAAUCCUAAGAAAUACUGCACAAUUGAUCCCAGAGAUGGCACAAUUCACUACACCCCGUAUCCGGCUGUUUUGCGAAUGGGAGAUUUCAUCAUGGAACAGCGAUGGCAGGAGGUGUACAACGAUUCUGUCCCGGUUUAUAGAUUCCAUCACAUUCACAUGCCCGAAAAGUAAGGGAUUUGCGAAUUUUGGGUAUCAAAUAAUGGGGGGUUUUUGACACAAGAAAUUCUUCUAUACCGGAAAAUGCGAGGUUUAUAAAAAGGUGAUAUCUUUGCGGAAAAUUGGCCGAGAUGUGGCCAAAAAGCGAUUUCUUUCUGACUGCCCACCUCUCGCCGAUAAGUUCGUUAAUUUCAUAUUUUUCAGCGAAGUCUUUUACUUUUCCGAUGCCGCUUCGAUGGUCGAAAAACUAAAGGAGAAAAGCAAACCAAAAGACAAUAUGUAAGUCGCUUUCUUAGUCUGCACACGUCAAUGGAAAAAUUUAGGACUGGAUUUACGAUCCGCGGAGUGAUGCCUCAGCCCAAAGAGGGCGACAAAAUUUUUGAGUUGAUGAAGCAAAGAACAACCACUACGCCGCCUCCUAUCCAGUCCACUACUCCACCAACGUCCACCUUGAAACCUCUUCCUCCAGACGCAUAUAAGCCGAUAAAUUAUUCGUCGAUCAGUGAAAUGGAAGAAGAAACAAUGCCAGCGCUAGAAAUUCGAAAAGAAGUAAAAGCAGCCUCGGAUUUCGCAGGGAACGCUGUUGCAAUUCUAGCCACCAUUUUUAUGUGCUCUGUAAUUUGA